AGUGCGCGCUACCAAGUGCAACACGUCGCGGACGACAUAAUAGCGGUACUUUGCGGUUUAGAUUCGUCGGUCACACGUCGUCAAUAUUCCCGGGAAAGCGAACCUUUCUUGGUCAACCAACACAUCGAAAAAACAAACAGAGGAAAAGGAGCAAACAGAAGCACACACAACACAACAGACAUAAACGCGGCAAGGAGUGCGGAAAACUUGGACACAUACGCCCAGCUUGUUGCUGGCUGUGGGCGUGACAAGAACAAAAAAAGAAACGACAAGGACACAUGUGCUGUCCUGCCAGUGUGUCGCGGAAAUUUUUGUGCGGAAAUUAUAGAAAUUUCGCUUUUUGAUUUCAUUUUCGUUCCGCUUUCGUUGCGAACCUCUCACCACCUAUCGCCACCCCCUACCUACUGCCCACCUUCACCUUUUGUGCACCUGUGCGAAAAGGCAAAAGGCAUCGAGAAAUGCCCAAGGAGCCCACUGCCGUCGGUGUCCAGUUGGCGUCGUCUUCCCUGCACUGACAAAUUUCCUUGCAUAUCCGCCUCCAGGACUACGGAACUUUGACUGCAAACAAAACCGUUAUUUGCGUGGCGCGUCGUUGUCGCGUUCACUUGUCGCAUAUCCGUCGCCAUUUCGACAAUAAUUUCAUUUCCGGUUGGCAAUUUGUACGCACUUGAGUGAGUGAUUAACUGCACCGAUUCCAAACGAUUGUGAAGUGUUUACGAUUACCAGUUGUCCCGCCGGAAGUCCGAAAGACAGUCGAAGAGGAGUCUAAUUUUGGAUAAACUUAAUAUCACAAACAGGCACAAUCCUGAGAGUCAAGUGGAAUCCCUUGUUUAGCCAACAGCCAGCCAUCGAGGCUCCCCAGGCGUGCGCCAUGUACGAGAAUUCGUGUUCGUAUCAGACGGCGCUGGACCUGAAGCGAGUUUCGCCACCCACUCUCGCCCAGGUGAAGACAGAGGACUGCCUGACCCUUGGACAGUGCUCACCGGACUGGACCUCAUACCGCUUCCAUCAGUCCACCUUUGAGCAGCUGAAGCAGAGCGUAGAAAAGGCCAAGGCGGCCCUGCAGGAUCGCAGCAGUUUCUUCGGGGCCAGCAGUGCCUUCAGUGACAUCUACUCCAGCCAGCGCUUGACGGACACCCUCGACACAUUGCCCGUUCAAUCCGGGAACGGGGCUGGCAAUUGCCUUGGCCUCCCUCACAAUCCCAAUGUCGGAGUGGGCGUUGGUGUGGGCGUGGCCGGUGUGCUUAACUACAAUGCGGUUAGCAGCAGUACGGCCGGAGUAUUAGGAAGUAGUGGGAACAGUAGUAUCCAGAGACACCGGUUGGAUACACUGCAGCCGCCACCGGGUUGCUCACCCGCCGUUACCCAGCACGGCGUCAUUACGUCCAGCGCCGGACAAGUCACGUCCGGAACUCUGGAUGCGGUGAGUGCGGCUCCGGCACUGCCAUCGCUAACUGCGUCCAGCUCGUCGCAUGUAGAGCACAAAGUCAGGGCAGAUAAAUCCUCGUUGGACUGCGCCACCACAUCCUCGCAUGCAGCGGUGCCGUCGUCUUCGUCCUCGACCAGCGACCAUCAGCAGGGCAGGAUUAGCGGCAGCAAGAGUAGCACCACCAGUGGCUCAGGAGCAGGGGGAACGGCUUCAGGAGGCGGCUCUGCACUGUAUUCCUCGUACAAAUCGUCGUGGGGUUCCCACAGUUCGACACAAUCGCAAGGUUACAGCUCGAACGCCUUGGGCAUCAAACAUGAUCCGCACUCACAACUACGGCAACCUGAUCCAUAUCAAAUGUUCGGACCCACCAGCAGCAGACUGGCCAGUUCAGGCUCUGGCCAGAUCCAACUGUGGCAGUUCCUGCUCGAGCUGCUCUCCGACUCCAACAACGCCAGCUGCAUCACCUGGGAGGGCACCAAUGGCGAGUUUAAACUCACCGAUCCCGACGAAGUUGCCCGCCGCUGGGGCGAACGGAAGUCCAAGCCCAACAUGAACUACGACAAGCUAAGUCGCGCCUUAAGGUAUUACUAUGACAAGAACAUAAUGACCAAGGUGCACGGCAAGCGGUAUGCGUACAAAUUCGAUUUCCAAGGCCUGGCAGCUGCCACUCAGCCGGCGGCCAGCGAUCCCACCUAUAAGUACCAGAGCGACUUGUUCAUGACACCAUAUCACCACAGCGCCAAGCUCAGCUCGUUCAUGAGUCCGCACCAUGGCAUGACCUCAUCAUCGGCUUCGAUCUUCCCGUCGGCCGCUUCAUGGGGCAACUGGGGCAGUCCGGCCACGAAUCUUUAUCAGCCGCACUCGAUGAGCCAUGUGACGCCCUCUCACGUGGCGCCCCACCUGAGCAGCUAUCCCCACUACGCAUGACCAUCAUCGUCCGGUGGCGCCUUCUAAUAUGAGAGCAACGCCAUCGCCAGUGCCUCGGGCAUUGGCGGCGGCACGGCCUCGACGGGCGUGGGCAUCGGCGGAGUGGGCGGCGGUGCAGGUGGUGGUGGAGGCGGUGGCUCCGGUGUAACCUCCGGCGUGGGCUCCACUUCGAGUAGCACCACGAGCAGUGGAGCAGGUGGUGGUGGUAGCGGAGGUGGCGGGACUGUCAUGAGCGGCUUUGGCAGCAAUGGCAACCUCAACGGAUCACAUGUGUCCAGCAGCGGUGGAUCGUCCAGUGUGAGCAACAACCUUAAUAUAGCCACGGCCACCUUGACCGCGACUCCGGCACAUGCCAGCGCCGGAUUUGGAACAAUUGGCGGACUCAGUGUGGCCGGAAUGGGUGUGGGCGUUGGGGUCGGAGUGGGCGUGGGGGGUGGCAACUCGACGCUCAAUUCGCUUGUUGUGGGCAAUCGGCUGAUGAACAGCAGUCUGCCCACACUGCUUAAAUGAUGCCACUUGGAGAAGUUCGGGCUGACAAUGGGCGCAGGUCCUUCGCCGCCGGCUGCGACGCCUGCUGGUGAAAAUAUGCCGCCGUACCAUCAUCACGGGCAUCCCGCCCACACCGGACUUCCAGGACACGCCGGCAACUACGGGGCCAACGAGCGGGCCCUGUACGAUUAUCUGGACAUGAAGAGCGGCGAACAGGCCACGUUUUUACUGUAAAUGCAAUGGCAAAACUUGUAACCAGAACCACCAGAAAAGAUCCAAACAAACCAACAAACAAACAAACAGGAGGCAAAACUAUUUGCAGCGGAUUUUAUUCAUAGGUACUUAGCGAAAGGAACUUGUAAACCCUUAACCAGAAAACAAAAACAAGAAAACAGAAAACAACCCCCAGCUAAAUAUUUUACGUGUGUGCGCGAGUGAGUGAGUGAAUGAAUCGUUGUUGCUCUAGGGUUAAGGAACUAACUUUCCACUAAUAUACGAUUAAGAACCGGAACCGAUAUAGUUGGCAUUCUAAGGCUAAACAAAACUCUAAGUGUUUUUAGUGUACCAAGGACUAGCUCUUUCCUUAAAUUCAAUGCAGAACUUUUCCAGGCUAAGACUUCAUCAAAUAGUUCUAGAAUUCUUCCCAAUUGUUGUUAGCAUUUUGUGUGUGAAGCAUUUGUAAAUAGCAAAAUAACAAUAUCAUCCUCUGAAAAAAGAAAAGAAAAGAAAACGUUCAGCACAACAGUGAAUGUCUAGUUAUAAAAGUUUGCCACAUUUUCUCACAUUCAAUUUACGAUUUGUAAAUAAAUAUUUGCCUAAGUGUAAAAAUGUUUAGAAACUAAAUAAGCUUACUUGAGUUUCACCUAAUUUCUGCAUUAUUAAAUUACCUUUUAUGUUCGCUUUUGGUUUUUCGUUUAUCGCUUAUCGUUUUGAGAUGGUUGACUGUGAUAGUUGAUUGUACAGUUAAAACUCUUACAUAUUUUUUAAAUACCGAAUUAUAAAUGAAUAAAUAUUGAAUUAAACUACGAGUACAUAUUAAUCCCAAGUCUAGACAUACUAUAUACUUGUGUGUAAAAAAAAACAGAAAACUCUCUAAAUUCUAAGUCGAAGUUUAACUAUAACGAGGCAAAUAUAUAUAUAUAUAUAUAUGCAUAUAUAUAUAUAAAAUUAAAUGUGUGUAACUAUAUGUGUAUUUACCAAAUCGAAAUACUACAAAAGCGAACUAAUCGUUAACGAUCUAAGUGUAUACAAUUUUAAAUUCUGAAUGUAAACUCUACGAAGCGAAAACCAAUAUAAAAAACGAACAUCAGCGAUGCCCACACACCGAAACCCUCUAAGAAUUUAGUUAAUUUAAGGCAAAAACUUUCAACAAAAAUAAAAACCCAAUUUAAAAAGGA